CCCGCGUUCCAUUGGAUCACACGUCUAAGAUAUCCGUUUCGUCGACAUGGUUCCCAACAGCCAUCAUAUAAACACUAUAAACACCCCGGCGGAUGUUAUGCUGACCCCACAUCCCCACCAAACGACAUGUAUAUAGGUCCGAGCACAUCUCUAACAUGCACAAGAAAUUCGAAUCAAGUCAUACUUUCAUUCCUUGUGUCAAGUGUUACCGUUCUUCAGAUUCGCAAUCAUGUUGAAGAUACGAGCGGUCUUUGCACUUCUAGUCCCAGUGACACACGCAUUGCUGCGAUUUUCAUGCUCGCAGCUCGUCGUAGAGCGCGCCGAUCCCCUCGUCAAUCCCGGUGUGUUGCAAUCACCACACGUACAUCAGAUAAUCGGUGGAAAUUCAUUCAAUACGACCAUGGAUCCAACUCUUGCGCCAGCCGACCAAGCUACGUGUACGACGUGCACGUUCGCGGAAGAUUUCAGCAAUUACUGGACCGCGGUGUUGUAUUUUCGAGCUCGCAACGGCACGUUCAAGCGUGUACCACAGAAGGGUAAUGUAGGGUUCGAGGCAAGUAAAGGAGGCAUGACGGUAUACUACACACCCACUCUCGCAAGUGGCGCAGCCAAAGGUGGAGUCACGGCCUUCAAGAAAGGAUUUAGGAUGAUCGUUGGCAAUCCCACAUACCGAACCGAAGCACAAGCGAAACAAUUUCGACAACUGACAUAUACAUGUCUGAAAAACAUGAACACCCGUACCGACGAAACACUUGACUUUCCGAAGAAACCAUGUACAGCGGGUAUAAUGGUCAAUGUCAGGUUCCCCACCUGUUGGGAUGGGAAAAAUCUGGACAGUCCAGACCACAUGGCUCAUGUGGCAUACCCGAGCUCCGGGACUUUCGAGAACAAUGGGCCGUGUCCGAGCACGCACCCAGUCAAACUACCUCAACUUUUCUUCGAGACAAUAUUUGCGACGGAGAAGUUUGCGGAUCAGAGCUUGUGGCCGACCGAUGGGAGCCAGCCCUUCGUGUGGUCAUUUGGAGACGCUACCGGAUAUGGGAACCACGGUGAUUAUGUGUUUGGAUGGAAAGGUGAUUCGCUACAGAAGGCUAUGGACUCGAACUGUAACAUCAAUUGCCCGCAGCUCAAAACGCAGAGCAUUGAUGUCGGCAACAAAUGUGCACAGGCUCAGAAAGUCACAGAAGAUGUAGACGGAUGGGUGCCGGAAUUACCCGGAGGCAUGCCUAUGUCUUGAGCAGUUACCCGCUAUCCUUUCUGUCACUGUAGAGACGCUCUGCAAUGGUGGUGAUGUAGUUGACUGAGUAAGUAGCUACAUAUUCUGAUGAUGCCUGAGGCCUAUAUGUCCUAUGAGCCCGUGCUCCCGGUGGGUCGCGUGUGCCCAUAUCCUCUUCCGCUAGACCUGUGCCAUGACUCAACACCACAAC